AUGGCUACUAGUUAUGGAAAACAGCAACCAAGAAAAUUGAGAGAAAAAGUAUGGGGUUUUGAUAAUGAAUGGAAAGGAGAUAUAUGCGACUGUUGUAAUGAUCUAAGCUCAUGUUGUUGUGCAUAUUUUUGUUGUCCAUGUUUUUGUUGUCAAGUAUUUAGUCGGGCUGGUGAAUGGAUUUGUACACCAUUUUUCUGUUGUUGGCCUGACGCUUUGAUGUCACUACGUAUGAAAAUUCGUACGGGAUUUCGAUUGCAAGGUUCGAUAGGUACAGAUUGUCUGGCUGCUAUAUGCUGUCCAUGUUGUGUAUUAAUUCAAAUCAAUAAUGAACUCGAACACCAAGGCUUAUAA